AACACACUUGAACUUCGCAGAGUAAAGAAUAAGCCGUGCAGGUCUGUCUUCAUGGAGAGGAACGCGGGGACAGUUUCAGCCAUUAAAGCUCUGGGGUACCCGGGCAGCCGCUGUCUCUCCCGGUGCAGAUGUGACGAGCUUCCCUGCCCGCUGCUCAGCUGGCUGUGCGCAGAGCUCAGGACUCUCUGCCCGGAGCUACGAGACUCAGGAGGGUCAGGUGAUGUGCUGCUGGCGGGAGAGCUGAAAAAUGUACUAUCAAACAUAUCCUCUCCCCUCGCUGUGCUGACCUCUGAGGUGCUGGAGCCCUCCACUCUCAACAAAGUCGCUGAGUUCCUUGUAUCAGAAUUGCAAGCAGCUCGCAUUAUCAAGUACAAAGAGUCACAUCCUGACGAGCGGGCGACAGAAGCGGACUCUGAAAAAGAGCAGCGAGUUGAAGAUCUGAGCCGUGACUUUUGUGAGGAAAACGAAGGCGAUGACGGUUCAGGUGAAAACAGGAGGAAGGCAGAGAUGCAAGCAGAAUGGAUUUUACUUCUGCGUGCUCUCAACAUGGACGCCUCCUCUCGGUUUGAGGACGUUUUGAACGAGGUGAAUGCAAGGCUUUCUCGCCUACCAAGUGGAGACAUGACCAACCCUCUUCUCAGCAGCAGCCUCAGCUCAGAGCAAUGGCUUCAAGUGAAAAAAAUGAAUGAAAUUCUGUCCGAGGACUAUCGGCGUCGGCGACAAAUGAUGGUCACGCGCUUUCAGGUUACGCUUGAAUCAUUUGCAUGGGGAGAAAAACAAAAGGAGCGCAGUGCUGCGCUGGCUUCGGCACCUAAUCUUGCGUCCCUCAUUGGCUCCUCCCAAGUGUCUCCAUCUCUGCUGCUCGCUGCCAGAGAGGAUCAGUCCUUCAUUGACCCGGUCAAAGCUGGAACAAGCACCUCUGUUUACAAGACGUUGAUGGGCAGCGUGCCAGACAGAGGAGGACGACCUGGGGAAAUUGAGCCUCCUAUGCCAGCAUGGACAGGGAGAAGCUCAAAAGGCAGCAGAGGGGGAUGGGGAGGCGGACAAUCUCAUAAGCAUAAGAAGAAGAAAGGGAAAAAAGAUUAACUUGUCCUCCUUUUUGGCCUUACUCAUCAAUUUAAGAAAUAAGUGAUCAUUUUGCUUUAUUGAAAUCCUUGUUGCGAGGUAAACUACGAUUGGGAAGUGCUGUAUAUAAUUUUGUAGUUAUAAAUCUGUGUAUAAUUUAUAGUUAUAAGUCAUGCACAUACCAGAUUGUGUACAUUUCUAUAAAAAGCAAUGAAGUACUGGUACAUGACCAGAUAUUUUGGUAAAAGAGCAGAAAAUGGAAAAAAUGUUGGCUUUCCACAUUUAUCAGUAGGUUUGUUUAAGAAUAAACCUCUGAAACACACAUCUGUUGGUAUUUUGUGCAAUUUACAUAAAGCAUUUUUUAAGGAUUAUUGCAUGAAUAUUUUAUGCUCACUUCACAUUUUGGAGACAAGAGUUCCUCUUGCCUUUUUUAGGUGAUUUCCUAAGAUAGCAAACAUGUUUAUGUGGAAUGAAAAAGCCUCACUUACAUCUUACAAAACUAAAAGGACCAGUUGGUGAAGGGUGACUUUGAAUAUCUAAGAAUGUUGUUUUAUUGUUACACAUUAACCAAGACUCACUUCCCCCUGAGAGAGCUCCUUGGUACAGCAUUGAGUCUUCUCUCUAAGUCUAAAUUGCCUAAAGAAGGAAAAGAUCAUCCAAAUAUUAAUUAUCUUAAAUAUAUUUGGAAUAAACUGGUUUCAGUCUUUAAUUUUGAUCUUGCCAAACCCAAAGUUGUGCUAAGGUAAAGCUCAUUUUGACCAGAAGUUCUAGUAGUCCACAGUGAUGUAUUGAAAUAAUUUCAAGAUCUUGUACACCAGUUUAAUAAACAACAGUUUCAAUUGUUUUAUCUGAAA